UUAUUGCGAUAAAACUCUGCUUAUUUUCCUAUUUAAGAAGCCAGUCAGCCACACAAAUUUUGAAGGGGGAGAGAGGGGGGUUCAUGUUUUCUAGGGAGCAAGAAAGAGAAGCCAUGUUUAAGAAGCUUCAACUUCUUCGUUCCAUCACCAACUCUCAUGCGCACGACAAAGCCUCUGUCAUAUUAGAUGCAUCGAAGUACAUAAAAGACUUGAAGCAAAGGGUAGAAAUAUUGAAUCAAGACAUUGCUACAGCUGCAAGCUUUACUGGCGAGAAUUUUCCUACGAUUAGAGUAGAAGAACAAGAGGAUGAUUUUCUGAUUAAGGUAUUCACCACAAGGAAUUGCCAGGGAUUACUUGUAUUCAUACUGGAAGCUUUUGAAGAGCUCAGCCUUGAGGUUCUCCAAGCUAGGGUUUCUACUUCAGACAGUUUCAUUUUAGAAGCUAUUGCUGCAAGAGUAAGAGGACAAGUAGAGAUUUUUUCUGCUAAACAUUUUUAUGCACAAGCAUAUGUUCUCGUGCCCUAUCCUCUCACAUAUGGAGAAUAAAGAAGCUGAUGACCAUAUCGAUGCUCAAGUGGUUGAACAAGUAGUACUGCAAGGGAUACAAAAAUGGAUUGAAGUUAGUGAGCAAGAAUGAAGCAAAGCAAUUGCUAGCUAGUAGCCAACAUAGGUUGCUUCAUUCAUCACAUGUGAAUCAAUGAUUUUUCAUAUGCUGUAGAGAAAAUCCAAAGACUGGGCAUGCCGUAUCGAUCAUGUAUAUGUGCAUCAUGUGAGUCAAUCUGUUUUUAUGUACAAUGAGAAACAAAUGGCAACAAAAUGUUUUGAUUUCUUCUA